AUGGCCUCGGGGGGCGCCGCCGCCCGCGCCGCCGAGGAGCCGCCGCCGCCCGAGCCGCCCGCCGAGCAGAAGCCGCCGCCGCUGCCGCCGCCGCCCGCGCAGGAGGAGUUCUCCUUCCUGCCGCUCGUCCACGACAUCAUCAAAUGCAUGGACAAGGACAGCCAGGAUGUUCACCAGGUGCUGAAUGAACUCAAGAACAAGUUCCAGGAGAUGAGGAAGCUCAUCAGCUCCAUGCCCGGCAUCGGUGUGAGUCCAGAGCAGCAGCAGCAGCAGCUGCAGAACCUGCGGGAGCAGGUCCGGACCAAAAAUGAACUGCUGCAGAAGUACAAGAGCCUUUGCAUGUUUGAAAUCCCCAAGGAGUAGAAAGGGCGCAGCUCUGCCCUCCGGGUCCGAGAUACCUCCUCUUCUGGCUGAACAGGAGAGAAAAAGGUGUCGGAAGUUUACUUUUCUUUCUCUUACGCUUUUUUGGUCGCAUUGCUCUGAAGUUGUGUCUGUGUGGAUCACAGGCAUGUGACACUGAACCAGAACACUGUGUGCUUCACAUGUGAUGAUUACAGCGGUACGUUCACUUUGA